GAAGAAGAAAAGACUGGAGAUCUGAUUAACACAACAAUGGCAUCUAGGAGAAUUCGCUCCACGCGCAGACUACGCUCUUGGAUGGUUGAACAGGUCAGCAGUGGGAAGUAUCCUGGCCUGAUAUGGGACGACAACGCCAAGACCAUGUUCCGUAUACCCUGGAAACACGCCGGGAAUCAGGACUUCCGUAGUGAAGAUGGAGCCAUCUUCAAGGCAUGGGCGGUAUUCAAGGGGAAGUUGUCUGACGGGAGUCGUGCUGACCCUUCCUUCUGGAAGACCCGGCUGCGCUGCGCUCUCAAUAAGAGCCCAGAGUUCAGAGAGGUCAGCGAGAGGUCACAGCUGGACAUCUCCCAACGAUACAAAGUUUACCGCCUUGUACCCAUCAACGAACAAGGAGAGAGACCAGGCUCUCGCUCUGACAGCGGGAGGAGUCCUUCAGAGGAUCCAGACCCAGAGACAUCCAAACCAGCAAGACCACACCACUGCUCCCACUGUGGAAAGAGUUUUACUAAGCUACGGAACCUUAAAGAGCAUGAGAGGACGCACACAGGAGAAAAGCCUUUCCAAUGUUCCCAGUGUGGAAAGAGUUUUACCCGGUUAAGGGCCCUGAAUGGGCAUGACAGGACACACACAGGAGGGGAAAAGACCUACCAGUGCUCUCAGUGUGGAAAGAGUUUUACUACAUUUGGGAGCCUGAAAAUACAUAAAGACAUACACUCCAGAGAGAAGCCUUACCCAUGCUCUCAAUAAGGAAUUACUUUUACCUGGUUAGGGAGCCUGAAAAUGCAUGAGAAGACACACAUACAGUGAGGGAAAAAAGUAUUUGAUCCCCUGCUGAUUUUGUACG